AUGUCCCAAUCGCUGCGUCCCUACUUGACCGCUGUACGCUAUUCUCUAGAAGCAGCUCUUACAUUGAGCAACUUCUCAUCUUUGGAAGUCGAGAGACAUAACAGACCAGAAGUUGAAGUGCCUAACACAAGCGCAGAGUUGCUGCUGCAACCGAUGCAUAUAUCGCGUAACGAGAAUGAACAGGUGCUCAUUGAACCCAGUGUGAACUCCGUGCGUGUGAGCAUUAAGGUCAAACAGGCCGAUGAGAUUGAGCAUAUCCUGGUGCACAAGUUUACGCGGUUCUUGGAACACAGUGCAGAAUCAUUUUACGUGCUGAGACGUACAGCUAUGCCAGGUUACAGUAUCUCGUUUUUGAUCACCAAUAAGCACACAGAAUCGAUGAAGACAGGCAAAUUGGUCGAUUUUAUCAUCGAAUUCAUGGAAGAAGUUGACAAAGAGAUCAGCGAAAUUAAACUAUUUCUCAAUGCAAGAGCCAGAUUCGUUGCAGAGGCCUAUUUGGGUGAAUUUGUCUACUAG